GGGAUCUGUGCGAGGGGGGCGGGUUUGUUGUUGUUGUUCCUGCUGGAGCUGCUGGAGCUGGGAUGUCUCCACAGAGCAGCGCGGCGACAUUAAAACUACACACAACCGCGGAUGAUCGGCGUCAUUGCACUUGACUGUGUCGCGUGUUGAAGCCCGUCGCAGUAGAACGAAGCUAAAGGGUGGAAACCGGACGUUAACGUCAAGCUAACAGCUAGCUGGGUAGCUAGCUAGCAUGUUGUUUAUGCUAUGUGUUUCUCACUGCUGUGUUUCCCUCCUCGCAGGUGAAAGAGUCCUGUGCUUUCAUGGGCCAUUGCUCUACGAGGCAAAGUGUGUAAAGAUCAGCAUAAAGGAUAAGCAGAUUAAAUACUUCAUUCAUUACAGCGGAUGGAACAAAAACUGGGAUGAAUGGGUUCCUGAAAGCAGAGUUCUCAAAUAUGUGGACAGCAACCUUGCGAAACAAAAAGAGCUUCAAAAGGCUAAUCAGGACCACUAUGUUGAGGGAAAGAUGAGGGGUUUAGCACCAAGUAAGAAGAUUGCUGCUGUGCAGCAGAAAAAUGUUGAUCUGAAAGUGAAAAAGGCAAAACAGAAGACCCCAGGGCCGGGUGAAGGUACCAGCAGCGGAGAAACGCUGCAGGGACCACGGAAGAAGAGGGCUCGGGUCGAUCCCACCGUGGAGAGUGAGGAGAUGUUCACCAACCGUGUGGAGGUAAAGGUGAAGAUCCCUGAGGAGAUGAAGCCCUGGUUGGUGGACGACUGGGACCUCAUCACUCGACAGAAACAGUUAUUUCAUUUGCCUGCUAAGAAGAAUAUAGAGACUGUCCUGGAGGACUAUGCAAACUAUAAGAAAUCAAAAGGAAACUCCGACAACAAGGAGUAUGCAGUAAGCGAAGUGGUGGCAGGAAUUCGUGAGUACUUCAACGUAAUGCUGGGCACACAGCUGCUUUACAAGUUCGAGAGGCCGCAGUAUGCUGAGAUCCUGGCUGAACACCCAGACAUGCCAAUGUCGCAGGUUUACGGCGCUCCACACUUGCUACGGCUAUUUGUUCGUAUCGGAGCCAUGCUGGCCUACACUCCACUGGACGAGAAGAGCCUGGCUUUGCUGCUCAGUUACCUCCAAGAUUUCCUCAAACUCAAGAAACAAUGUUCUCACUGUUGUGAAGUUACUGUUCCACAAGCAGCUCUUUGGUGUUAUUGGUGCAUUCCAUCAGAUAUUUGUUAUUGUUGCAUGCAUGUAUUUAUUAGUGUUUCUUCUGCCACACCGGUGCAAUCAAAUGCUGGACCACAAGGUCAACAUUCAACAGUUAAUGUUUUUGUAUCUCUAUCUUGUGUAUUUGUAUCGAUUUGUAAAAAAAAAAAAAAAGUUUCUACACAAUCUCUGUCUUGUUUUACUUUGUCCUCUUGUUCCUAUCCUGUCGAUUUAUUUUGUGUCAUCACUGUUCUCUCUGGAUUCAUUACAAACAUGGAGGAAACGCUCACAGUGGCAUCAAUACACAGCUCACCACUGCACCACAGCACAUCAGACAUCAAAGACUUCAAAGACCCCCGUGGAACAUGGUUUAAUAUUCAUCUGCCAAGACAGGAGCAAAGACAUCCAUCUUUCAUGCACAUGUGUUCAGCUCAGGAAAUGUAUAGGUUGUGCCACGUGAAGGAGUCAUAAUCCUCAAGAUGUGCAAAUGUUAAAAAUCCAAUAUGCCCAUAGCAAUACUUUUUAACCCUUUGUUAAACCAGGGGGGGGGAAAUCUCUGGGAUAAGUUUGAAGAAAUUCAUCCCCAUGACAUUAACAAUGUUUUGCUAAUUUACUUUAAACUUUGGGAAAAUGAAACCUUAAAGCCAAAUAUUAACUAACACGAUUCAGGCUGAAAAGUUCUGCUACAACUGCUGUUGUGUUGUUUAAAACGAAAGAUGAUCACACAUUUAUUACAUUUGUGAUCGAAAAUAAAGGUAUUAAAAGAAGUUAAUUUCCCUGUGAAGUGAAGUGAGAACAGCAGGAGAAUAAACUAACUACUCAAUCUAAAUACUUGUAGCUGAAAUCAUCAUAUAAACGAAGUGGAGUAAAUACAUUCAAACUAUACUUCCAGCAUUUGAAUAAAUAUAUUUAGUUACAUGUGGAAUAAGAUCUUAUUUUUCAGUUCUGUUUGUGUCCUAAAUAAAUAAGUCUAAAUAAG